GCAUCUGCGGACUAAAAAGGUCGUUUAAACCAUCAGGAAAUUGGGACUCACGGUGAAUCCACACGAGCGCAUGAGUGCAUCUUCAAGGCUCCUUCCAAAACCAUGAAAAUGCUAUUUCCGGAGGCUGUAUACGGAGUGAGUGCUGUGUCCCAUGGGUGAUGUCCACCAUGGUGUACCCGCGAGAGGAGGCCCUGGAACAGCUUACGCAGGAUGAGAUCGUGCUGAACACUAAAGCCGUGCUGCAGGGUUUGGAGACGUUGCGUGGGGAGCACACCCAGCUCCUAAACUCCAUACUGGACUGCAACCAACCGCCCGUCACCCAGGAGAAAUCAAUGCUACUCCGCAAGAGCCUUGAAGACAUAGAGCUGGGACUGGGAGAGGCACAGGUGAUCAUCGCUCUGUCUGGUCAUCUGAGCACUGUGGAAUCUGAAAAGCAGAAGUUGCGUGCCCAGGUGCGUCGACUCUGUCAAGAGAACCAGUGGCUGCGGGACGAGCUGGCCAGCACUCAGCACAAGCUGCAGAAGAGCGAGCAGAGCAUCGCGCAGCUGGAGGAGGAAAAGAAACAUCUGGAGUUCAUGAAUCAGAUCCGCAAGCUGGAUGAGGACACCUCACCCUCAGAGGAGAAACCAGUAGAGAAGGAGAAGGACAAUCUUGAUGAUCUUUUCCCUAAUAAUGAUGACCAGGGGCCAGCUCAGCCCAGCGGCGAAGUGGCGGCGCAGCAGGGAGGGUAUGAGAUCCCAGCUCGCCUCCGAACCCUCCACAACCUGGUGAUCCAGUAUGCCUCUCAGGGCCGGUACGAGGUGGCUGUGCCACUCUGCAAACAGGCUCUGGAAGACCUGGAGAAAACAUCCGGACAUGACCACCCAGAUGUGGCCACCAUGCUCAACAUUCUCGCCCUGGUGUACAGGGAUCAGAAUAAGUAUAAAGAGGCAGCUCACCUGCUGAAUGAUGCUCUGGCCAUCAGAGAGAAGACUCUGGGUAAAGAUCAUCCCGCUGUGGCUGCCACGCUUAAUAACCUCGCUGUACUGUACGGCAAACGUGGAAAACACAAGGAGGCAGAGCCACUGUGCAAGAGAGCGCUGGAGAUCAGAGAGAAGGUCUUGGGGAAAUUCCACCCUGAUGUGGCAAAGCAGCUGAAUAAUCUGGCUCUGUUGUGUCAGAAUCAGGGGAAGUAUGAGGAAGUGGAAUAUUAUUACCGCAGGGCCCUCGAGAUUUAUGAGAACAAACUGGGUGCUGACGACCCCAACGUGGCCAAAACCAAAAACAACCUGGCAACGUGUUAUCUGAAACAGGGCAAGUUCAAAGAUGCAGAGACACAUUACAAGGAGAUUCACCGCGCACAUGAGAAGGAGUUUGGAUCAAUCAACAAUGACAACAAGCCUAUUUGGAUGCAUGCAGAGGAAAGAGAAGAGAGCAAGGGCAAGAGGAAGGAAUCGGUCCCUUACGGGGAGUAUGGCAGCUGGUACAAGGCCUGCAAAGUGGACAGCCCCACUGUUAAUACCACACUGAAGAGCCUGGGGGCGCUGUAUCGCAGACAGGGCAAACUAGAGGCGGCGGAAACACUCGAGAACUGUGCAUCUAAGACUCGCAAACAGGGCAUUGAUGCAAUUAAUCAGAGUAAGGUGGUGGAGUUGCUGAAGGACGGGGGUUGUGGUGGAGGGGACAGACGUCAGAGCAGGGAUGGGGUAAACUGUCCCGGAGGCCCCCGAGGGGAUUGUGAUGGUGAUGAGGCUGAGUGGAGCGGGGAUGGGAAUGGUGGCCUGCGCAGGAGUGGCUCGUUCGGGAAGAUUCGUGAAGCCCUGCGGCGCAGCAGUGAGAUGCUGGUGAAAAAACUGCAGGGCAGCGGCCCUCAGGAGCCAAGCAACCCUGGGAUGAAGAGGGCAAGCUCCUUAAAUUUUCUCAAUAAGAGCGCAGAAGAUACCUCACAGGAAUCUAACAGCAUUUUGUCAGAAUCCAGAGGACUGAGUGCUAGUAACAUGGACUUGACAAGACGCAGCUCUCUGAUCAGUUAGAAAAAGACAUCUGGACUUGGCGGGGCCAAAUGGAGAGCCUUUUUGCUACUUGAAACAAAAGAUCAUUAAAUUUUCCUUAUUCAUAAUUUUCAGAACAAAAUGAUCUUGUAAGUAAAAAUAUAUGUCUUUCGUUGUACAUUGGCACAUCAUAAUUUGGGCUAGGCUUGUUAGCUUUGUCCUUAGCGACCGUCAUUUAAGGUCACAAUAAAAAUGCUAAUUAAAAAGAUCACGCUAAACAGCAUACCGCCGAACCAUACAGACAAUCUGCGCUAGAGACAUCUAGUGGUAAAAUUACAUCAUAUUAUUGCAUAAAAAUGGCUAGAGUGGCUUAGCAUACUUCCAUCAACUUGUUCUGUCUGUACGAAGCAAACAAUUUCAAUGGGUUCGCCAUUUAGAAAAUUCAAAGUUCAAACAUUGCGUAUAUAGUAGAUGCAUAGACACCGCGAAUGCUAACUCCUUCCACAAAAAGACCUCAUAAAGUUGGAAUGGUGCAACAAUGUAUAUCAUAAAUGCACUUGCGAAAAUAAAUGUGUCUGGAUGUUUUUCGUUGAGAGCACUGAUUGUUACGACCUCAAUUUUGCCUACUUAGUUGUAUGUAUAUACUGGUUUAAAUUAUUUGAAGUCUUUUUAUUUUGCAAAACUAGUGCACAAGGAUUUUGUUUACAAUGUAGGAGUGACUUGAAAUCAUUUGAAUGGUACAUUUGAAGGAUUUUGCUUUAUGAUCUAAACACUAACUUAAGGCAAAGCUUUAUUUUUAUUGAGUGUUGGGAUUCUAUGAAUCUAGAUUCAUCGUUCAGCCUCAUGCAGAUCUUUUGCAAAUGGGCGUUUAUCUCAGAAGUCUGAGUUCGAUUUAUGGGACAUGAACCAACACAAAGGCUUAAUGAGGGGUAGAAAAUGUAUGUUUGGUUGGUGGAAAAGUCUUAAUAUAUAGCACUGAGAUAUACCGUCAUUUUUAUUUUUUUAUAUGUGCAUGCUAACAACUAGGAUGUCAAGAACACCGUAUUAAACCAUAGCUGUAAACAGCCAAAUCCUCCUUUUGUUGUUUUAAUAUUUCAUCGGUUUCAUGUGAAUUAAUACUUAAAUAUCCAUUAAAUGUGCAGAUUUUGAAAAGAGCUCAUAUCUAUCAGGAAUAACAAAUGAUUUUGUCUCCUACUUGCUCAUACAUCUAUGUAAGUGUUCCUUAUUGAAACCUUUCUCAUGUUUGCACCUUUAUCCUUAAGUCAUUAUCCUUAUUUUCAAGAUGACAGAAUAUGUAUUUGAUAUUGGGUUUUAUUUGAAUGUUUUGAAUUGAUAGCUUCUGUGUUCAUCAGAGAUGAAUGAUCAGUUGUUUCUGUCAGUGCAUGCAAAGGUCACUAGAUUUUGCUUUCAGCCAUACAAAUAGGUUAAUCCCACAAAGUAAUGACAGGGUUGUAUUUCACCUCUAAAACCCACCAGGGUUGUACCGAGCAAAGGCAGGGUGCCGCAUUUGACCUCACCAUGGGCCCAGCCUGUGCUAGGGACGGUCUUGUAUUGCAUAAAGAAAUUGAAGCAUAUUUUUGGGAUAAUUGUCAUGAAAUUGUCUAGUUUUGAAACUCAAAAAUUUAGUAAUCAGAAAACGUUAUGACCUAAAAAAAAGAGAAGGGUAUAGCUGCAGGCAUUGUUCCAAAAAUGGGCGGGAGCUCCAAAUAGCCAGAAUAGAUAUUGGGAGCCCCUUACCUAACCCUAACCAUCUGUGGAGUUGUCGCCCCCUUUCUUCUGGAGAAACCAUGUCCCGUUUUGGAGAUUUCGCCCCCAUAGCUUGCAGCUAAACCUACUUGUAGAUAAAGGCUGCAUUUUUUUUAAUGCAAAACAUGAUUUGUUUCUUUUGAUUUGGGGGUGAGAUAUGACUGACACUUUUUGAUAUUGUUGUGAGAUUCAUCCGAACAGAAUGUACCACAAAGAGUUGCUUAUGCGUUCAUUUUAAUGUUGUUUUAAUGUAGUUGAAUGUUUUGCUGAAGAUAAAUGAUGGCACUAGAAAGUUCUUGAGAGAAACAAAAUAAUGUGAUCGAAAUAAAAAUAUCAGGAGACAUGAAUGUUGAAAUUGCAGACGCAACAAAUCAUUGUUAAGAGAAAUACAAAUAUCACAAUGUCACUCACGACCACAAAAACAUGCACUUGUGUAAACUACUCAAGCUUUGCCCUAGCACAAAGUGUGUAGUUUCUAACAACUGUGAUUAAUGCUGUUUAUACACUAAAAUGAAUGUGAACCAACCUUUUUUGUUGUCCUGUCUGUCAUUACUACCUAUGUGUGAUGACUGUCUUGCCACAUAAUAUUUAUAAAUGUUUGUUUGACUUGUUAGAUUGUGCUGCAGGCACCCAAGUUGCUCUUGGGAACUGAUCUUGGAACAGUGCCCCAGUUCUUUAGUGGAAUCCCUUUGCAAGCACUCAGAUUGGUUGCAAAGGGUAACUUCUACCAGCCAUGUAGAAUGUAUUCUUUCUGGUACUCUAGGGUUCAGCCAAAAUGGAUUUCCCUUGUGAAGAGGCCAACCUCAUGUAUGUUUUAAUAAAAUGUUCAAAAUAAAUUAAUUCUGCUUUUCAA